AUGUCUUCCACCUCCGAUAACACCCGCUCAAACCCAUCACCGAAUAACAACGCAAGCAUAAAUAGCAAGAGCAUCGCCACCACUGCGAAAGAACACAAAAGAGAUACGAGUAUGAAUAUCAUAGCAAGAAGCGGAACUGAGAUUAAAGAGCCUUCCAAGGAGCCCACUACUCCGUCCUUGUUGAAAACAGAGGUAUUCUCCUCUCCAGCUCCGCUUCAGAUACCUGAGACACCUGAGAGAGUACGUGGACAUAUAAACGAUGUGGAAGGAACUCCGCUGAUAUCUCCACCUCGUGCUGGUGAUCUUACCUUUACCCCACAUAAGGAUAGGACAAAGCAAUUUCCCGGUACUGACUUUUAUACUUUACUCAAAUCACCAGAGGCUAGGUUAGAGGAUAAAAAGUUGAAAAGGACCUCUACAGAUUUAUUUUCCAGAUCAAAUGAGGACCAAUCUCCCGAAAGGAAAGAAGGAGAUUAUGACUCAGAGCACCUACUCAAAUCACCUAGGAGGGACUACAAGGAGAUACGUAAACUAAGUGAGAAUUUAAGAACUAGAUUGAAUUAUGCCAAUGUUAAGGUACAACAUGGAUGGUCAAAUAAAUCAAUAGGUGAACUCGAGACUUCCUUGGAAGAAAUCGCCACUAAUCCUCAGCGGUCGAGUCAGCUCAACGGUAUUAGACCAGGUAACUCCAAUUUAGAAGAUUUUUGGAAACUUAGGUCUGAUAGAUUACCAAAGAGUGAAGAUUUCAAUGAUCGGAAAUUGGAGAUGAGUCAGGCGCUUCUGUCAAGUCCUGGUCAAUUUUCACAUAAUAGAAGAAGGUCUUCCUUUAAUACUAGCAUGAGAUUGGAUGAUAUUGCCAGACGGGGUGUGAAAUCUCCGGAUUUGAAACAUACUUCGCCUUUGAAAAAUGGGAAAUUCAAGCUAACGAUAAACAGUGAUUGUAUAAAUUCAGGUGAAGACCUUGAGAAAGACGCCAUUUUCUCACUAAUAUCACUGGCUUCUCCAAAGAGAACUUCAGCACCCAUGUUGCCAAGUGUCUCCUCGUCGUCUUCUAAUGGGGGACUCCCGCUAUUGUCCAAUAUAGCAAACUCUCAAACCCAACGACUCCCACCAAUCUCGUCUAUGCUACCGAUGCAAGAGUCCAGUGUUAGUAGACGUGGAAGCAUCAACAGCGCUGGAAAUCCAAGAAACUCAUUCGGCGCACAACUUUUUGGUACAACGCCAGGACUGGGUGUGGGCUUCAAGGCCAGCCUGCGCAGUGAUGAUGAAACCGAUGACGAAACUACAGAGGAGGAGACCUUGGAAGAGCAACAGAAUGAAACCUUGGAAGAGGAGAACGUUUUCCUCGAAAGGAGCAAUUCAGGGUCUCGUCAAAAAAGCCAAUCGACCCCUCCCUGGAUCGUAAGUUUCGACCAGCAAGAUACGACCAAGGUACAAGGAAAGUAA